AUGCUAUCUGCAACGACGAGAAAAGAAGUCGUCUACGACAAUUGCGCACUCGAGAACUCCUUGUCCCAAGGUGACUGGCACAUCGAGGAGGACCCAAACGUGGACUACGAGAUGCUGCUCAGAGGAUUACGAGCCUGUGCUGAACGUGCCUCAAAGCCGCGCACGACAAACUUGGAUCGAAUUUCGAAGACCACCAAGGAAUUGUUGGAAAGAAGAAGGGCUUUGAGGCUUGGUCCGAAUGCAUUGCACAUUGAGCGGUUAGUAGCAAACACUAACUGCAGAAAGGCGUUGCAGGAGGAUCUUUUGAAGUACACCCAGAAGAAGAUUCUGGAAGCAGCACAAAGAAGAACGAGUCUAAAGAAGUGCCGCAGGGAUCCCCGCGAGUAUAAUAUUCCGCUAGCAACUUUGCUGAGCGAAGACGGGACUCGCACUUCUUCUCGUCGUGAGAUGGAAAUCAUUACGGAGAGGUUCUACUCGAACCUUUUCCGUUCAUCAACUCCUGUGUCAAGCUCAAUCAUCCCCACUGGCGAAGCUCCACCACGGAUUCUCCCUUCUGAAGUACGAGUCGCUAUCAAGAGCAUGAAACCUGGCACAGCCCCGGACCUGAUUUUAUAUCAGCAGACUUUCUUCGGGCUGGUGGCCAUCCGCUUCAUGUAA